ACUGGAAGUUUUAAAGAAGAGACUGGACAGCCAUUUGUCCGAAAUGGUAUAGGGUUUCCUGCCUGAGCAGGGGGUUGGACUAGAUGACCUCCAAGGUCCCUUCCAACUUUAUCAUUAUUAUAAAAUGAUUCCUUCUCAGGGUGGCUAAGAAAGAGAUGGACUAAUGAGUUUGGAUUAAGUUGCUUCCUGGCCCCUCUUAAGACAUUCUCUGAUAAGCAGACGAGGGGGCCUGUUGGAAACCUCCGUGCUUUUAAGGGCUGUUUCUGCUGUGUUGUGGUCCACAUAGUCAAAAAUGUGUGCGUGCUCAGUAAAGCAAAAAAUAAAUCCGUUUUAUAUCCUCCUUCACCUUUUCAGUUACCCAUCAGGGAUCAGCAAUUUGAUCUUAACAUCUGGACUGCAGAUUCUUGAGUAAUUGCCUUACUAUCGUGUGAGACACAUGGCAGUUGUUAAUGAGCGUUUUUAGCACUAGCUUUCUACAAUCUGGGAGAAUGACAGGAUAUUCCAGUCCUUAGGCUACCUCCGUGUUCUCCAUGCCCGUUUGCGUGUGCACCGCCUCUUUUAAGGGUUCUGCCGUUAAUUCAUCUAGUCAGUUCACCAGGUCAAGUGCCAUCUUGAGAUUCUCAACUGAAUUGUAAGUUUCCAGUCCCUAGUGAUAAAUUAAGGAACUACUGCCGUUUUCCCCACAACCACCAGCCAACUGCAACCCUUUGCCAGCUUUCGCCUGUGCCACAAACCCGUUGGGUUAAGAGUUUGCAAAACACUUUUUAAGAUUCACUUUCAAAAUGGUUUGUCUUAGCAGAAUAUUAGAGAUUUGAUCCCGCUUUUACGUUAAAACACUUGACAAACAAGAUCAUUUAUUCUCUUAUUACUCUGCUGUCUUUUCAUGCCUCCCUCCACCCUUACUGGAGGCGGGGGUUUGCACGAUCAGGAUUAUAAACUCUGGACCAUCAGCUUUGCUCCCCUGCUCUAAAAUCUUGGGGGAAAAUGCCACCAUCUAACACUGAGCUGUAUAUUUCUUGCUGCCUCGGUUGCAGUUUGCAAACCACAGCAGCAGAGCCCCUCUCCCCUGCUUCCUGCACAAAAGGUGUGUAGGAGGCCCUGACGUGGGGGGAGCAAGGGGAGGAAACAUUCUAAAAGUCAAAAGGAAAUAAAAAUAAGCUCAGUUGUCUUCAAAGACUAACAGAGCGGCUAAAGACAGAUGCAAACGGUUUUCCAAGCCUUACCGGUGCCUGUGGUUUCCUUGGAUGGGAUCCUUGUUUCUCUAAGCUGAUUUGAGGUGGACGGCUGCAGAGACGAGCUCGCUGGCUGCCUUCGCUCCCAGGAUGAUGGACUAAGAGGCUUCCUGCAGCAGGCCAGGCCAGGGAAGGGAUCCUGCUCCAGAGAAGAUGGAAAAUCGGACGGUGGCCAACGCCAGCGAGGAGUGCAGCCUUCGGGCCGACUUCCAGUAUGUCCUCUUCUCUGCCAUCUACAUUCCUGUCUUCGUGCUGGGCUUGCUGGAAAACGGGGCCGCCCUCUACCUGCUGACCUGUCGGGUCUCGCACCCCCCGCGCUCCUACGUCUACCUGCUCAACCUGGCCGUGGUGGACACCUUGGUCGUCUGCAUCCUGCCGUUCAAGAUCCACUACCAUCUUCACCACAACAACUGGGUCUUCGGGGACGUGGCCUGCCGCAUCACGGGCUGCAUGUACUUCCUCAACAUCUACCUCAGCGUGGCCUUCUUCACCUCCAUCUGCGUCGACCGCUACCUGGCCGUCCUGCACCCCUUGGCGUACAUCAGGAUCAAGAGCGCCCACUACACCCUGAUCGCCGUCCUCCUCUGGGUGACCGGGCUGAGCAUCGCCGGCUCGCUGAUCCUGGGAGGGCGCCUCGACGCCAACGUCAGCAGUGCCCAGGUCUGCUUCGAGAGCUUUGGGGAAGCCUCCUGGAAGGGGCGCAUGCUGCCGUAUAACAUCUGCGUGUUGGUUUUCGGGUUUCUGAUCCCCUUUGUGGUGAUCUUGAUCAGCUACCCUCUGAUCGCCCGGCGGAUUUCACACAUUGCCGAGAGCGCUUUCAAAAGGAAGGCCCUGAACACCAUCUACCUCAUCCUCUUCAUCUGCGUGUGCUGCUUCCUUCCCUUCCACCUCACCCACCUCCUCCACCUCCUGAUGCGAGUCGGCCUCAUCCAGAACUGCCACUUGGCCGCCUCCAUCUACCAGCUCCGCCGGAUCACCUUAGCCCUGGUUAGCUUCAAUUGCUGCCUGAACCCUGUCUUGUAUUACCACACCUUGGCCGGCAAGCGGUGCCCCUGGAAGCUCCGGUGGCAAAAACGAGCCUCCAAAGUCUACGCCGUCAACGAGGACCGCAGAGGAUGCGCCGACCAGAGAGCGGCAUUAAGGAGCGGGCGAUGGGGCAGCCCGGCUGCCAGUGACGCGGUGCUGAUGAUGCCUCCAAGAAAGUUAGCUGGGCUUUCAGGGGGCGCUGUUUGGCAAAAAGGUUAACUUCAUGCGUCAGUUUAGGCUUUGGAGAGGGACUCCUGUUUGGCUUUCCAGCUCCGUGGAAAUAAGAGCAUGGACUUUGGCUGGGAGGGGCAGUUCCCUUGUUCCUUUGUGUUGCGGCAGUUGUGCUUAAAAUUGUCGGUCCAAUUUUCAGAAAGCAAAGAGAGUGUUUAAAUGAAGCUGGGGGAGGGUGUGGGGGGGGGAGGUUGGUUGGUUUUUGCCUGGGUCAGAGAAACAAGGACGCAGAUACGUUUCUCUUGCAACCUUCCCUGAGCUGAACAGCAACUGGGGUUUGUUUGGUUUUAAGACAUCGAGAUGCCCGUAGCCCUGUAAACAGAGUUGCUACUGAGACUGCAGAAGAUUUCAAGAGAAGGGAAGUGUCUGCCUCCUCAUUCCUUGGUCACGAUGCCUGGUGCGGCUUUGUGCCAGGGUCUUUCUAACCCUGGGCCAGGGCGUUUUCACACAAGACGCCUGGCAGCUGGAAGCAGGCCAUCUGUGACCAAGAAAACCAAUCAUACCGAAAGUAAACAUUUUUAUUAAAACAGAGAGAGAUGGAACACAAGUAUUUACACUGCUCUUUUUAGGGGUACGUCGCAUGGUUGGGGCAGGAAUCGCCCUGCACGCAAAACGAGGCUGUUUUGUUUGGGCAGAAGCAGGUGGGACCCAAAAAAAAAAAAA